GCAGCGCGCGAGGUCAGAGCCCAGGCACCGCCCGCGGGUUGGUGGCGGAGAGGAAGCAAGAGGGCCCAAGUUUGCAAAGAGCUGCUUUGUGUUUGGUAUUUUGAGAAAAUGGCCGAAUGCCUAUUUCAGUUAGGAAUGCCGCCGCCGAGGCCGACGCUGGUGGCAGCGGCACAUAGGAAUUCCAUGCAACACGUUGCUCUCAGGCUGUGCUUGCACUGUCUGCCGGAGAAACGUGGACCUUCCUUGGAGUGUGGCAACUGAGCUACAGUUAUGGCCACCCAGGUGAUGGGGCAGUCUUCUGGAGGAGGAAGUCUCUUUAACAACAGUGGCAACAUGGGCAUGGCCUUACCCAACGACAUGUAUGACUUGCACGACCUCUCGAAAGCUGAACUGGCGGCACCUCAGCUCAUUAUGUUAGCCAACGUGGCCCUGACUGGGGAAGUGAAUGGCAGCUGCUGUGAUUACCUGGUUGGUGAAGAGAGACAGAUGGCCGAGUUGAUGCCUGUUGGAGACAACCACUUUUCAGAUAGCGAAGGAGAAGGCCUUGAGGAGUCGGCUGAACUAAAAGGUGACCCCAGUGGGCUGGACAACAUGGAACUGAGAAGUUUGGAGCUAAGCGUUGUAGAGCCCCAGCCUGUAUUUGAAGCAUCAGCUGCCCCAGAAGUGUACAGCUCGAAUAAAGAUCCCGCCCCUGAAGCACCCGUGGCGGAGGACAAAUGCAAGAAUUUGAAGGCCAAACCCUUCCGUUGUAAGCCAUGCCAGUAUGAAGCGGAGUCUGAAGAACAGUUCGUACAUCACAUCCGGGUUCACAGUGCUAAGAAGUUUUUUGUGGAAGAGAGUGCAGAGAAGCAAGCCAAAGCCAGGGAAUCUGGGGCUUCCCCGUCUGAGGAGGGCGAGUUCUCCAAGGGUCCCAUCCGCUGUGAUCGCUGUGGCUACAAUACCAACCGGUAUGAUCACUACACGGCACACCUGAAGCACCACCUGAGAGCCGGGGAUAACGAGCGUGUCUACAAGUGUAUCAUUUGCACGUACACGACGGUCAGCGAAUACCACUGGCGGAAACACCUGAGGAACCAUUUUCCCAGGAAAGUCUACACGUGUAGCAAGUGCAACUAUUUUUCCGACAGAAAAAAUAAUUAUGUUCAACACGUUCGAACUCACACAGGAGAACGCCCUUAUAAAUGUGAACUGUGUCCUUACUCAAGUUCUCAGAAGACUCAUCUAACUCGACACAUGCGUACUCACUCAGGUGAGAAGCCAUUUAAAUGUGAUCAGUGCAAUUAUGUGGCCUCUAAUCAGCACGAAGUGACCCGACACGCAAGACAGGUUCACAACGGGCCUAAACCUCUUAAUUGCCCUCACUGUGACUACAAAACAGCCGAUAGGAGCAACUUCAAGAAGCACGUCGAGCUGCACGUCAACCCUCGGCAGUUCAACUGCCCCGUGUGUGACUACGCGGCCUCCAAGAAGUGUAACCUGCAGUACCAUUUCAAGUCCAAGCACCCCACCUGCCCCAGCAAGACGAUGGACGUGUCCAAAGUGAAGCUGAAGAAAACCAAGAGGAGGGAGGCUGACCUGCACCGUGACGCCGCCGCCGCCGCCACUGAGCAGACGGACACAGAGCAAGCGAAAACCAAGGGGGUGGACGCGUCUGCGAGGAGAAGUGAGAGGCCUGUAAAAGGCGUUGGAAAAGAUGUUCCAAAAGAGAAGAAGCCCUGUAGCAAUGCCUCUGUGGUGCAGGUAACUACCCGAACUCGGAAAUCAGCGGUGGAGACUAAAGCAGCGGAGGGAAAACACACAGAUGGACAGACAGGAAACAACGCAGAAAAGUCCUCUAAAGCUAAGAAGAGCAAAAGGAAGAUGGACGCCGAGGCCCAUCCCUCGGCUGAACCUGUGACUGAGGGACCCGUGACAAAGAAGAAAAAGACGGAGAGCAAACCCAAGACCAGCGGCGAAGUGCCGAAGGGCAGCAGAGUGGAGGACAGGAAGGCGGACAAACAGCAAAGUGCUUCCAUUAAGAAAGGCGGGAAGAAGACGGCUCUCAAGACUAAGACAGCUAAAAAAGGCAGCAAACUUGCUCCUAAGGGGGUGGGGCACACAGAACCUUCCUCGGAGAUGGCUCAAGGAGGGGAGUCUCCAGUUCCUGCUCUCACUCAGGCGGUGGUCACCCCAUCAGGAUCUACUCAGACAGAGCUCUCUUCUCCCAUGGAUAUUGCUCAGACAGAGCCUGCCCAGAUGGACGUUUCCCAGACAGGGCCGCCUCAGGUGCAGCGGCCUCUUCCUGUGGAGCCUGCUCAAUUGGAGCCGUCUCCUCCUCAGGAGCCUCCCCAGGUAGAGCCACCUGCCUGUGUGGAGCCUCCCCCUCCCGUGGAGCCUCCAUGUCCCAUGGAGCCUGCUGAGAUGGAACCGUCCCCUCCCAUGGAGCCUUCCCAGGUGGAGCCACCUCCUCAUUUGGAGCCUCCGCUUCCCAUGGAGCUGCCUCAGGUGGAGCUGCCUCCUGUGGAGGAUUGUCAGAAGGAGCUGCCUUCUGUGGAGCAUGCUCAGACUAAGGUUGCUCAGACAGGUCCUACUCAGGUGGGAGCUGUUCAGGAGGAGCCCCUUUCUGUCUCCGAGCCACCUCAAGUCAAGCUAACCAGAAGGUCAUCUCCCCGGAAAGACCGUGCCAAGGAGAAGUUGAGCGUGCUGAGUGAGAUGGCGAGGCAGGAGCAGGUUCUUAUUGAGGUUGGCUUAGUGCCUGUCAGAGAUAGCCAGCUUCUGAAGGCCAGCAAGAGCGCACCGGACCUCCCAGCCCCACCGUCACCACUGCCAAAGGGACACUUGAGAAGAGAAGAGACACCCAAGGACCAAGAAAUGUUCUCUGACGGGGAAGGAAAUAAAGUAUCCCCUCUCGAGAAAGGAGGAACAGAGGAAGCUGGUGAGAGUCGAGCUGAGCUGGCUGCUCCCAUGGAAUCUACCAGUGCUUUAUCCUCUGAACAAAGCUCAAAUGCACCAGAUGGUGAAACAUUACACAGCGAGUGUCAGGCUGACUCCACUGCGGUUUGUGAAAUGGAAGUGGACACUGAGCAGAAGACAGACCGUGUCCCUCUGAAAGACUCAGCAGUAGAACCAGUGUCACCUCUUAACCCAAGAGUGGACCCUGAAGCAGCGGCACCAGCUGUGGUGGCCUCCCCUCCUAUCACUUUGGCCGAGUCUCAGGAAAUUGAUGAGGAUGAAGGCAUUCACAGCCAUGAUGGAAGUGACCUGAGCGACAACAUGUCUGAGGGGAGUGAUGACUCAGGACUGCAUGGGGCUCGGCCAGCACCACAGGAAGCUACGUCAAAAAGUGGAAAGGAAGGGUUGGCUGUCAAAGUAACUGAGGGAGAGUUUGUUUGUAUUUUUUGUGAUCGUUCUUUUAGAAAGGAAAAAGACUAUAGCAAACACCUCAAUCGCCAUUUGGUGAAUGUGUACUUCCUUGAAGAAGCAGCUGAGGAGCAGGAGUAGAGUAGCUGAUCCUCAGGAGAAGCACAAUGCGGACUUUGUAAGCAUGCCUCUAAUUUUAGUUUGACUGUAGACAAAUGUAAGUUGCUUUGGUCAGUCUCCAGUGCUGUCUUCAGUAACAUUCUUUUUCUUAUUUAGUGGUUGUUGGAUAAAUCUUAGCAAAUUCUAGAGAGUUGGUGUAAGGAGACAGAUACCUAACCAAAUCAUGCAGUCGGGUGCAAGGAGAAGGGUAAGAUGGUGGAACACGCCCUUGUCUGCCUACAAGUGUUUUCUGUCAGGUUUUCUGUUCUUUUCACUGUAGUUCCUAAUUUUUAGUUCUUGUUUAGAUUGAUAAAAAUUGGCUUAGUAAAUUACUUGAAGAAUUUGCCUGCUUUAUAUAAAUAAGUUAGCACUUUACAGUUUCUUUAGAGAUGAAAAAGGAUUUAAAUUGGAGAGAAAUUUCCUACAUUGGACAUUGUAUCUGUCCAGAUAAUGGCUUCCUAACUUGCUAUCAAUAUUCUGUGUUUAUAUGUUAAUCAUUAUAAAAAGUGAUUUUUGGUAUUUUUUACUUUGGUGCUUUUCUGGCUUAAGAUGUUGCACAUGGUUCUUGUUUUUGUUUCUUUAACCUAUGCAGUUAAUCUCCCUUCCCCAGAAACAGCAUUGUGUUAAAUAGUAACACUAGACAUAUAUAUGCAUGGUUUUUGUUUUUCCCUUUUUGGAGGGAUGCUUUUAGGCUUGUUUGCAAAGGGCCAUUUUCCUUUUCUUUGCUGCAAUUGUCUUUUUUGCAGAACAAUAGUGCGUGUGCAAGUUUAUAAACAAUGGAACAUGCAGGUUCAAUCCAUUGUUUUGGGUUUUGUUUUAUUAUUUUUUUAUUUUAAAUUUCACCUCUUACCUAUGCCAGGAUUAGUUUCAUAUAAGUUAUUUUGAAUGGUGAAGAAAUGUGUAAUUCCACAGCUUUCCAGUCUGAGAUAUAUAUAUAUAUAUAUUAUAUAUAAUAUAUAUAUAUUAUAUAUAUAUAUUUUGGCAGUAAGCCAUUAGAUGCAUAUUGAACAAAAUUUGUCUCGAAAAUCAGCCAUCAAGAGUUUAUUUUGCUGUUUCUAGCUUAUUACAGAGUGAUCAUCCUUUGAGGAGUUCUCUUCAGUAGAUGGUUGAUGUUGGGAUCAUCUGUACUGAGUAGAUAUUUGGAAGCAGAAACCUGGAAGGAGACAUAAUUAUCCUUCAGACUGUAGACCAUCAGCUGUGAGAAAGCCAUUAUGGUCACAUGACUAGUCUAGUUUAAGUGCUGAGUCCCAGCAAGCAGCUGCUGCUUCUUCCAGUGAGUACUGAAAAGGCUGGUGUUAACUAAGUACAGUCCGGAUUUUAAGUAUCACAUUUUCUCAGGGAUCUCCACAAACUAGUGGGUGUCCUCGCUGUCCCUGUGAGACAGCCUCUGUACAGGAGAGGCCUUAAGUGAUUUGUAGCUGUCCUGGUGUUCCUCUGGGGACACUGAGAAACUGCAUGUACUCCAGAACAGGUUCUCAGUGUUCUCCAGAGUGUGACAGAGCCCAGCAUGGACUUUCUUACUGGUAGUAGUAAUGAAGUACGAUCCCCGUAGGGAUUUGUGACAUUUUGCUGGAAUAACCUCUGUGUAUUUCACUUAUUUUACCUGGCGAUCUCUGAGCAGGCUUCAGAUUUUGACAGUUCAUGAAAGAUAUGACGAGCAUUAAUGUGUGGGUGAAAAGCUUGGUGAAAUUCUGAGUGAAGUUUUAGUUAAAGUUGGUUGAACUUGGAAUUGACUGGGAGGCCAAAGAUUUAAAAAGCAGAAGAUUCUCUCAAGACACAAGUUGUGUGAUGAUGGUGUGUGUUUUAUGUGUGUGCAUGAGACUUUGUAAAUGUUGAAUUCUAGGCUCCGACAAUCAUUGUAGUGCAGAUCAGACUGCAAGUAUUUAUGUUUUAAAUUUAAAUUAUAAAGCUAGUUAAGUCUUUCUAACAACUAGUUUUAAUGUUUAUGAGCAGAUGUUUGCCUACAUUACCUUUUCAAGAUGUUGAGAAAGAUGCUUUGCAAGCACAGGUUGGAGGCUGGGAGCUGGUUGGUUCUUACUAAGGUUUUGUGAAGUCUUUGUUGCAGAGGAAAACAAUGCCUUCUGGGGCUUGACUAGUUUUAAUCUAGUCUUUAAGAUUAGAAGUAAAAAAACAAAAAUACAAAGGAAAUUAAAACCUCAUUAAAUUAGUCUUUAAAAACAUUGUUACCUGAAAUUGAGUGGGACUUUUGAGGGCUUUCUUCCAGAAAACAAGGACUUGGUCCUCAGGCCUAUAUUAGGCCUGACCCUUGGUGCCAUGUAAGUGUACUUAAAGUCUUUUCAGUGGAAAGUAUCUUAGCGAUCGGAACUUCUAGUACAGUUGGGAGUUCUUCCAUUUGAAACUGAUAUUUGCAUGGGAUUGUUUGAAUCUUGUUUUCUAGUCUCUCCCCCAUCACUACCCUCAUAGUCUCAAGGUAGAUUUUUUUCUCUUGAUAAAGGAACACAAAAAACGAACAUCUUGUAAAUUGAUAUUUAGUAACUAGUGGUAAACGUGAAAUGGUAGAAUUCUUUACAGCCUAAUCCUAGGUAGCCUUAGAGCAAUGUAUCUUAAUUAUUUUUGAACCUGUAUUCUCCUUGUCUUUUCAAGAUAUCUUAAGUUAUAUUUUCUUUUUCAGAGCUGCUUUUUAUUUUGGGGCUACUUUUUUUUAAAAAUUGAGGCGUAAUUCAUAAGACUACACUGCUUUGACGAGACUUUUUACAACUUAGUCAGGUUGUCUUUGUCCAGUCUUCCAAGAAGGGUCAUUUUACUGUUUUAGAUUUACUUUUAAAGUCAUGGGUUACUUCAAAUGUAGAAAUGCAAAGUAAAGCCCAAGCUCACCUCAUCGGUUUCGCUCUGAAUGUGGACAACGGAAGGAACGACCUACCUGUUAGCAUCCUGUUACUCGUAAACUGAAACGCUGAAGAAACUCCGUUUUCUUUGCAGAAAUCAAGGUCUAUCUAAGGUUUCCUGACUGCCUGAGCACAUGAGGUGAGCUGACGUCUUAGUUCAGAACAAUCUGACUGUAGAUUCAGUGUGUGUCCUGCUGGCUGAGGGCAAGCGAGGGCUUCUACAGCUGUGUGUAUGUCCCGCAGGCUCCCGUCAGUUACUGGACUCUCAGAACUGGUCUUGUGACAUCACAACAAUGCUUUGCGCCAAUUUUAUAAACCUUUACAGUGCAAUAUGUGUUACUUUCCUGAGGCAAACCAAAGGUAUAUUUCUCAAGGUUCUGCUGCCUUCAGCAGCAUUUGAUGGAAGAUUUUUUUUUAUACAUUUGUAACAGAUGAAGCAGAUUGCAGUUUGUUUUUUGUUAUUAUUUUUUUUUAAAUUGUAAACCAUGUACCAAGUUUCUGGUCAAGACUGUAUAGGAUAAGUUGAACGUGAUUGCAUUCUAUUAACCGAUAUGAGUGUGUUUCCUAUGCAUAUAGUUACAUUGAAAUAAAGUUCUAAACCAUCA